AUGCACAGACCCUCUCCUGGAGGCGCCUGCUCCUGUUCCCUCUGGUUGCUCCUGGCGGCAGCAGAUUCCUGGGUCCGUCUCGGGCUGGCUGGGAGGCGGCUCCAUCCCUGUGCUCGGUGCCGGCGCGGGGAGGCCGCGCGCGCCCUGCGCCACGUCAGCGCUCCCUGCGGCGCCGGCAGCCGCGUCCUCCGCAACGGGACCCUGUCCUGCUCCCAGACAGGUUACAUUUUUAUGCAUGCAAAAUUAAAUCUAGAAUUCUGGAUUGCAGCUUGGGAGCAGGUGCCUGUUCCUGUUUAUCAUCCAACCCCCAGCCAGACUCGGCUCGCGACGCAGCUCACGGAGGAGGAGCAGAUCCGAAUCGCGCAGAGGAUAGGCCUUAUUCAGCACCUGCCUAAAGGAGUCUACGAUCCUGGGAGGGACGGCUCUGAGAAGAAGAUCAGAGAAUGUGUCAUUUGUAUGAUGGACUUUGUUUAUGGGGACCCCAUCCGAUUCCUGCCGUGCAUGCACAUCUACCACCUGGACUGUAUAGAUGACUGGUUGAUGAGAUCCUUUACCUGUCCUUCCUGCAUGGAGCCGGUGGAUGCAGCGCUGCUUUCAUCCUAUGAGACUAACUGAGCCAGGGUUUCUCCACUGAACCUUCGAGGAGACCAUCCACUUUCCUGGGUUUGAUCCUUUUGUCAUUCAGCCCAAAGAGCCAGGAAUUAGGAAUUAAAAUCAUGCACAAAAUAUACAUUUCCUAAAUAAAAAUAAAUAAAAAUUAUUACUGAAUGGCUGCAAAUAUUGGGGAAAAAACAUAAUACUUUAGAGACUAUAGAAAAAAUAGGUUGUUAUUUUUAAUGUAAAGCCUUGACCCACCAUUGUCCUUUAAUGUUUGUUCUUACACCCAUAUAUAGGAAUUGUGUAAAGUGUUACAGCAACUGUAAAUGUUUAAACUGCGUGUAUCCAAUUUUAUUAGCAGCAAGAUAAGAGUAUUUUUUUCCUAAAUAAAGUAACUGGUUUUGUUAUGAUUCUUUUCACAAGUCCUGGCAUUUGGGUCAAGGCUUUAUUAAAAUCUACAUUUUAUAACACUGGCACAAAGAAAUAGUUUUAAGCUUGUUUGCACAGUUCUUUUUUUUCUUUUUUUUUCCAUUGGAGAUGGAAUUCAUUGCCUUAGGUCUUUUUAAUAGUGUGUUAUUAUUGUUGGGCUGGCUCUGUGCUUGAAAACCAGUUUAUUUAUAACUUGUUAAAAGUGCUAUAUUUUGUUUGCAGUUAGGAAUAUGCAGAAUUCAAAGUGAUCUCCUAGCUUGUAAGCAAACUGAGAUGCAUUAUCCCUUUUCUGCAAGUGAUGGUAAACAUGGAGGUAUGAAACAAAUCCUACACUAAAAUUAUGGCUUCAAGGUUUUUAUAACUUGCUUGGGUUUUGAUGAAAUAAUGAUCCUUAAAUUUUAGAAUGUCACUUUUAACUUGAUCAAGUUUAAAGUGGGCCAGAUUGAUAAUAACUGCUUAUCACGAUUGGAAAAAAAUAUUUGGAACAAAUGUAGCACUAGUGUUGAUAACUAUUUGACUUUUUUGCUCCCUAAAAAUGGUUGGUUUUGAUCACAGCAAAAGGAUACUGCAUCUCUCCUUCCUGUAGUUCUUAGGUUAUCGGAAGUUAAGAAUAAACAUACUGUAUCUCAGU